GUGAGGCGGUGAUGCGGGCGCUGGCGGCCUCGGCUGCGCGGAGAGCGGAGACACAGGCUCAAGAUGGCAGAUUCCCACUGAGGCUGAGGGGGCCGAGCUCGAGCGCCGCGUUCCCUUCUCCGUUGCCAUGAAUCGCGGACACCCCGGCCCCGAUGGCCCCCGUGUACGAAGGUAUGGCCUCACAUGUGCAGGUUUUCUCCCCUCACACCCUUCAAUCAAGUGCCUUCUGUAGUGUGAAGAAACUGAAAGUAGAGCCGAGUUCCAACUGGGACAUGACUGGGUACGGCUCCCAUAGCAAAGUAUACAGCCAGAGCAAGAACAUACCACCUUCUCAGCCAGCCUCCACAACCGUCAGCACCUCUUUGCCGAUCCCAAACCCAAGCCUACCUUACGAGCAGACCAUCAUCUUCCCAGGAAGCACCGGGCACAUAGUUGUAACAUCAGCAAGUAGCACUUCUGUCACCGGGCAAGUCCUCGGCGGACCACAUAACCUAAUGCGUCGAAGCACUGUGAGCCUCCUUGACACCUACCAAAAAUGUGGACUCAAGCGCAAGAGUGAGGAAAUUGAGAACACAAGCAGCGUGCAGAUCAUCGAAGAGCAUCCACCCAUGAUUCAGAAUAAUGCCAGUGGGGCCACUGUAGCCACUGCCACCACGUCCACUGCCACCUCCAAGAACAGUGGCUCCAACAGUGAAGGUGAUUACCAGCUAGUGCAGCAUGAGGUGCUGUGCUCCAUGACCAACACAUAUGAGGUUUUAGAGUUCUUGGGCCGAGGGACGUUUGGACAAGUGGUGAAGUGCUGGAAGAGGGGUACCAAUGAAAUUGUGGCCAUUAAGAUCCUGAAGAACCACCCAUCGUAUGCCCGUCAAGGUCAGAUUGAAGUGAGCAUCCUGGCCCGGCUGAGCACAGAGAGUGCCGAUGACUACAACUUUGUACGGGCCUAUGAGUGCUUCCAGCACAAGAACCACACGUGCCUGGUCUUUGAGAUGUUGGAGCAGAACCUCUAUGACUUUCUGAAGCAGAACAAGUUUAGCCCCUUGCCCCUCAAAUAUAUUCGCCCCGUCCUCCAACAGGUAGCCACAGCCCUGAUGAAACUCAAAAGCCUGGGUCUUAUCCAUGCUGACCUCAAACCAGAAAACAUCAUGCUGGUGGAUCCAUCCAGACAACCAUACAGAGUCAAGGUCAUUGACUUUGGUUCAGCUAGUCAUGUGUCCAAGGCUGUGUGUUCUACCUAUUUGCAGUCCAGAUACUACAGGGCCCCUGAGAUCAUCCUUGGUUUGCCAUUUUGUGAAGCGAUUGAUAUGUGGUCCCUGGGCUGUGUCAUUGCUGAGCUGUUCCUGGGUUGGCCGUUAUAUCCAGGAGCUUCUGAGUAUGAUCAGAUUCGGUAUAUUUCACAAACACAGGGUUUGCCAGCUGAAUAUUUAUUAAGCGCAGGGACAAAGACAACUAGGUUUUUCAACCGUGACACAGACUCACCAUAUCCUUUGUGGAGGCUGAAGACACCAGAUGACCAUGAAGCAGAGACGGGGAUUAAGUCAAAAGAAGCCAGAAAGUACAUUUUCAACUGUUUAGAUGAUAUGGCCCAGGUGAACAUGACGACAGAUUUGGAAGGGAGUGACAUGCUGGUGGAGAAGGCAGACCGGCGUGAGUUCAUUGACCUGUUGAAGAAGAUGCUGACCAUAGAUGCUGAUAAGAGAAUCACUCCAAUUGAAACCCUCAACCACCCCUUUGUCACCAUGACACACCUACUCGAUUUUCCUCAUAGUACACAUGUCAAAUCCUGUUUCCAAAACAUGGAGAUUUGCAAGCGUCGGGUGAAUAUGUAUGACACAGUCAACCAGAGCAAAACUCCUUUCAUCACACAUGUGGCCCCCAGCACUUCUACCAACUUGACCAUGACCUUUAACAACCAGCUGACCACUGUCCACAACCAGGCUCCCACCUCCACCAGUGCCACUCUUUCCUUAGCCAAUCCCGAAGUCUCCAUACUAAACUACCAAUCUACACUCUACCAGCCCUCAGCAGCAUCCAUGGCUGCCGUGGCCCAGCGGAGCAUGCCCCUGCAGACAGGAACAGCCCAGAUUUGUGCCCGGCCUGACCCCUUCCAGCAAGCUCUCAUCGUGUGUCCUCCUGGCUUCCAAGGCCUGCAGGCCUCUCCCUCCAAGCAUGCUGGCUACUCAGUGAGAAUGGAAAAUGCUGUUCCCAUCGUCACUCAAGCUCCAGGAGCUCAGCCUCUUCAGAUCCAACCAGGUCUUCUUGCCCAGCAGGCCUGGCCCAGUGGGACCCAGCAGAUCCUGCUUCCCCCAGCAUGGCAGCAGCUGACUGGUGUGGCCACACACACAUCAGUGCAGCAUGCGACCGUGAUUCCUGAGACCAUGGCUGGCACUCAGCAGUUGGCCGACUGGAGGAACACGCAUGCCCAUGGCAGCCAUUACAAUCCCAUCAUGCAGCAGCCUGCGCUACUGACCAGUCAUGUAACCCUUCCGGCAGCCCAGCCCUUAAACGUGGGUGUCGCCCACGUGAUGCGGCAGCAGCCAACCAGCACCACCUCUUCCCGGAAGAGUAAGCAGCACCAGUCAUCUGUGAGAAAUGUCUCCACCUGUGAGGUGUCUUCCUCACAGGCCAUCAGCUCCCCGCAGCGAUCCAAGCGCGUCAAGGAGAACACACCUCCCCGCUGUGCCAUGGUGCACAGCAGCCCGGCCUGUAGCACCUCGGUCACCUGUGGGUGGGGCGACAUGGCCUCCAGCACCACCAGGGAGCGACAGCGACAGACGAUUGUCAUCCCUGACACCCCCAGCCCCACAGUCAGUGUCAUCACCAUCAGCAGUGACACAGAUGAGGAAGAAGAACAGAAACACGCCCCCACCAGCACUGUCUCCAAGCAAAGGAAAAACGUCAUCAGCUGUGUCACAGUUCAUGACUCUCCCUACUCGGACUCCUCCAGCAACACCAGCCCCUACUCCGUGCAGCAGCGCACAGGGCACAACGGCACCAACACUUUUGACACCAAGGGGAGCCUAGAGAGUCACUGCACUGGCAACCCCCGGACCAUCAUUGUGCCCCCCCUGAAGACCCAAGCCAGUGAAGUGUUGGUGGAAUGUGACAGCCUAGGGCCAGUCAAUACCAGUCACCAUUCGUCCUCGUACAAGUCCAAGUCCUCCAGCAAUGUGACCUCCACCAGCGGCCAUACUUCAGGGACCUCGUCGGGAGCCAUCGCCUACCGGCAGCAGCGGCCAGGCCCCCACUUCCAGCAGCAGCAGCCCCUCAAUCUCAGCCAGGCUCAGCAGCACAUGGCCGCAGACCGCGCUGGGAGCCACCGACGGCAGCAGGCCUACAUCGCCCCCACCAUGGCCCAGGCUCCGUACACCUUCCCACACAACAGCCCCAGCCAUGGCACUGUCCACCCUCACCUGGCCGCUGCCGCCCACCUCCCCACCCAGCCUCACCUCUACACCUACACAGCACCCGCAGCCCUAGGCUCCACCGGCACUGUGGCUCACCUGGUGGCUUCCCAAGGCUCAGCACGUCACACUGUGCAGCACACUGCCUACCCGGCCAGCAUCGUCCACCAGGUCCCUGUGAGCAUGGGCCCCCGGGUCCUGCCCUCACCCACCAUCCACCCAAGUCAGUAUCCAGCCCAGUUUGCCCACCAGACCUACAUCAGCGCAUCGCCAGCCUCCACCGUCUACACUGGAUACCCACUGAGUCCUGCCAAGGUCAACCAGUACCCUUACAUAUAAACACUGGAGGGAGCCGCAGGGAGGAGAGGGAGGGAGCUCCAGAGACCAACCUCGGGAGCUGGCUCUUUCACUGCAGGUGCCGCACACAAACAAUGCAAACGGGGCAGGGGCGGGGGGCAGGGGGACAGAUGGGACACCGGAAACUUGAAAUAAGAAGUGGGAGGAUGUAAAGCAGAGACGAGAACAUUUUAAAAAGAAGGGAUUGAGGAGGGAGAAAUCUAUGCUUUUUAUUUUAAAAAAGAAAAUGGGAAAAAGAAAAAAGAAAAAUGUCAGUAACAAAGAACACAGCUCAAGAACCCAUUCUACAGCAAACUGGAAAGGAGAAGAAGAGAGCCACAGGAAGAUUCUGGAAGCAAGGGGCCCCAGUUCUUGAAGAACUAUAUGAACUUUUCAAAGAUUAUUUUCAUAUGGCAGCAAAUGGCGUUGAAUUUGCUGUCAGGGACACCUGAUACAGAAAUCCAAUAGGUUUUUAAUUAAUUAAACAUGAGAAUUAGGGAUUUUUCCAGAACUCAAAAAGGUCAGCACCCCUCCCAAAAUUAAGGCUAUAGCCUGAGAAGGCUCAUACUUGGGGGUUGGUUUGGGGUUGGCAAAGCCCAGUGCUGGAAUAGUGGGGUCAGUCAGGCUGGUGGAAGACCCCUGGGAGAGGGACAGAUUUCUUCUUUCUGAGUACUCUGGAUAAAUCUCUAAGCAAUGUUGCUCCUCAGAUGUCAUUAACAGUGUGUGUUGGAGACUUUUUUUUUUCUUUUCUGAAGAUUUGCUUUCUCCUUGAAUCAACCCCUAGUCACCUAGUAUAGGGCCAGCGGUCAUCGCAGACGCCCUAGUAGAAUGUAGCACUCUGCACCCUUUUUUCUACCUUGUGUUCGACUCCAGUGAUACCAAUAGACUAUUCCUCAAUGUGAUUGCACAAAAAAAAAAAGUGAUAUAACAUAGGCAUGGAACCAAUGUGGUGGUCCAGGUGAACGAGUGAGUGUGCGUGAACGCGUGUGGGCAUGAGCGGGGCUGCCAUCCUCCCACGCCUCCCUCGGCACCGCCAUCACAGCCCUCGCAGUCUUGAUUUCACACCAUUCCCUCCUAGUGCCUUACCAAGUGACAGACAGAUGCGGUGAAGGGUUCACUUCCACUGGUACUCCAAGAAACUGGCUUGAGCUGCUCAGAUGUGAGCUCAGCUCUUGUGUUGUGCUGUUGUAAUAUUUUACUCGGGUCUUUCUUGCUUGCUUUUUUGGCUUUUGCUUUUCCAAUUUCACACCUGUUGUAUUUUGGGGGCUGUUUGUGAGCAGAAGGAUGUCCAGGAAGCUGUCAGGGCUGUCAGGAGAGGACUGUGGAUCUCGAGAGGAAUAUGAGAGCCAGAUGGUAGAGGCGUGUCUGGUGACGGGGCUGGUUCUUUUGGUAAGUUUUACUUGGGGGCCCGAGACCUCGAGAAACUCCCCCACCCUACCUACUCACACUACUCAGCCACCAAGCCCACCACCUCCUUCCUGGAGCCAUGUCAGGGGCGAGCAAGUGACCUCUUCCAGUUUCUGGCUGUGUCCCUAGUCCCUUCCACAAGAAGCCUGGUAUUCGUGGACCCGCCCACAGAUCUCCACAAACUCCAGGGAUACUGUCUAUACACCUGAUUCUUGUCAGCUCCUUCCCACUGUAGACUUCAGUGACCUGUUUGCUAUUGAAUCCCUUCCUUAGUUAACUGUGUCUUUCCAAGACCCUUUGAUCUUGGUAUUUGAGAGGUAUGGUAAGCAGAGGACUGUCAGGGCCCUUAAGAGGGUGGUCAGAUGUCCUGCACUGCACUUGGGAAAAUGCUGCCAUGGACAAUUAGAUCUCCAGAGAAGUCUGCCCUGUGCCCUCUUCAUACCUUCAGUGCAUUCUGGACAUUUUCUCAGGCCUUGAAUACUGCGCACACUGGGGCACAUGGGAGUUCUGUUCCUAAAAGCGACCGUGAAGCGCAGGGACACUGGUCGAGACUGGGGCUGAGACUGUGGCUCGGAUUGUUUGAUCCUGAUGCGACUCUUAGCUGGCCCCUCAUCCAAGUGUCCGGGUGCAAAGAGAUCCUCCUCCUGUCUCCUUCCCUUUCCCUCCUCCCUCCACAGGCCCUGGGCAUGACUGUGAAAGGCUUUCCUAGUGAUGCCCACCCUCCCUCUGUAACAAAGCUGUUACUUAGCUCUUAGCUGUGAACACUUCAGAAACUUCCCCGCUCCUAUCAUUUCCUGUCCCUAAAGUGGAAAUGGCUUAGUGUCACACCUUAGACCAGAAGGUAGGACAUUAGGACCUGUUGAAGGCCAGGCCUGCUUGGGUGGUGCUUCCAGGGACACACGAGAAGCAGGGUGACAAGCUUGCCUAUGGCAGGGAGGCAGGCUCCUCUCACCUGAUCCGUACCAGCUUUAGCCAGAAGUAAAACAACAGGAACAUGGUCAGUUCAGAAAGAGGAGAGGAGCAAAGCCUUUGGAGGCCACCUGAUCCAGAGCCACGCCAGCGUGAAAACCCAUCUGCCACAGACAUUUUGACAGCCAGAUGGCAGUAAUAUUCCAUGGGUCCCUCUAGUUACCAGACAGCCAGUCAUGGCUACACGUGAAUCAGCUUUUUUUGUGGCAUCCCAGAGUCCCUGUCAUAGUGCAGGCUCAGCCCUUGCUAGCAUUGAUCUUUUAGGGGAAGGAUGACUUCAACUGUUCUUACUCUUGUACGUGACUUGCCCUUCCCUUCUCCUUCUAGAUCAGGAAUGAAAGUUCCAUGCUGCUCAUGAAGUUAACAUUACUGUACUGAUUGUUUGUGUCAUUGCCGUUGAAAUUGUGAUCAUUAUCACCUUGUUACUAUUUUAGUUGGGGUUUUAAGUGCACAUUUAUCCCAAGUAUUUGUUUUUUCUCUUUAAUAUUUAAAAUGUAUUAUAGCUGUGAGUAUAUGAAUAGACUAGCGAGACAUUUGGAUGUCCGAUUUUGUCAGACAAAAAGAGGGGGGAGGUCCAGGAAUUAGGAAAAUUGUUUCUGUCAUCUCAGUUCCCCAAAGACCCGCCAUAGGACAUAAAAGUGCCUCCUCAGUGCAGAGGGCAGUGGUCAGCCUCACAAAGAGUCAAGGCCACCUCCGCACAGCCCAGCUCGUGGGCCACACGGCACAGGCGACAUGAGUGGAUUUGCCGGGAUUCCCAGUGACCUGGGUCCGCCAGAGGAGGUGGUCCCAGGCUCGGAGGCUGUUGCACUGAAGGUUGAAUCCUUAGGCAGUUUCUCUUAACAUUUUCUGCGUUCUGCUGUGCUUCUGAAAUCUUUCCAGCCUGCCACAUCUAAUAUUCAGUGACAAGGCCUCUCUUCCCAAAGCUGACGCAGCCCCUUCUCCAAACCUUCACCAUUUCCCACCAGCUCAUCCCCUUCAGUGCAGAGACACUUGUCCCCAUGGGAAGCCACAAGAUAGAGUAAGACUGACAGGCAGCUGUACUUCCUGUGUACACCUCCUUCUGCUCAGUAACCUCCCUUCCCACUUCUCCAGACUUAUCCUCCCAGCAUAUAAUUCUAGUGAGCCAAAUAAGGACUGGGGAGGGUCCCAAUGAGCCCUUAGUAAAAUCCAGCAGCUGCUCGGAUAUUGCAGAUCACAUGCCCUCUAACAUCACUGGCAAGUGAAAGGGCACAAUAGGACCUUGUAGCCCUCUCCACUCUGAAGAUUUGACUGCGCCCUGUGUUAUAAUGAUGGGUGCUCCCAUAGAUUAUCCACCACAUACUCAGAAACGACCAGGCUCCCAGUGAAGAGUUAAAAUGCCAGCUACCCUGGAGAGAAGAGUUGACAGUACAGGAAAGACACUCAGCAAACCCUUCUCUCACUCCUGUUCCUCCCCUGUUGUCAUCCUCACCCAAGUCCCCACUUGGUACUCAGCACUGAAUCCCCUUGGAAAAGAGGGUGGAGAAAGGGGUACUGUCCCAAGGACUAAGCUUUGAAGUGGAGGGACGUGCACCUCGUCUUUAUUAGACUGAACAUCCCCUGGCUCAUCCUGUGGGCCUGCCUUAGUGAAGAAUCACAGUUCAAAGGGAGGAAGUUGAGAAGGUGAGGUCAAAGAGAAAGGUCUGAUGGAGCCUUUGACCCUUGGGUCAUUGGGCUGCUACUUCCUGGGUUCUCACUGAUCCAUCUGGGCCUUGGCACCCCUUUCUCUGAGCUGGUGUGAAGUAAUGUUUUGGUUGUUCCUAAGAGAAGCAGGAGAGCAGGCCAGUGGGUGGGCAAGUCUGGGUGGGUGUUGAUAAUGGUUAACUCUGUGAAGUGGAGUGAGACUCUAUCCGUAGAGGAAAGGGCAUGAAUGGCCCUGUUGUCUCCUGGACUGCAUUCGUGGCCUCACCUUCCUGGUGGUGGAGUUGUUUGUAGGCUGUGAAAGCCAUCUAGGCUUUGUCCUCAUUACCCUAGAGGACUGGAGCUGUCUGACAUCACAGUGGGGCCUGGAAGGUCAACAAAGGGAGAUUAGCACAACUGAUAGCUUCCCUGGACACGGGGGUCUCAAGAGUUGCAAAUGCUCAUUUUUGAACAGUAUGCAGUGGAGGAUGGGGUUGUGUGAGUGUAAGUGAGUGGAGCGAACGUUCUUGGAAACCAGAGUGAGGUGAUGGGGAGGCUUAAGGAAGGAAGCAUUACUUGUGCUUCACAGUGGCGAGAACAACUGGGUCCUCACUCUGGCCCGUGUCCCCCGGGUUCUCAUCACCUGGGUGAGGACAGGGUAGAAUGUGGGACAGUUGCUCUUGCUGAUCUGUAAAAUAGCUGCUGGGACAGAAAACAGACAGAAGAAAAUAGCUCAGUGCCCUCAGCUAGCAGACAAAAUGCCAGUGGAGGUGAGGGCUCCUUCUACAGACCCAGCCUGGACAUCACAGCCCCAGUCCAAGCCACAGAGACCCACAGGCUUUACUCCUAAUUUGUGGUCUUUUUUUUUUUCCCCCUCUGAUAUGCUUUACAAAUUUUCAGCACGGAAGCCUCAAAGUUAAGCAGGCUAGAAAUAUCCUUACCAAAUUGGAAAGGAAGGUGAAACUUCCUUUCAGUAGCCAAAGAACCUUCUCCAGACACCUCCAGAGAUGGACAGAAGCAGCAUCCCUGUCAUUCUUUUCGGGCAAUAACGACAUGGGUGGUACAGUUCCAUUUACCUUUCUGUUUUCUCUCUGUCCUGCCUUUUUUUCCUUACUGCAUUUAUUUCAAAACUGCACUUGUCUUUUAAGAGGAGUAGGACUGUAACCCUAAAGAUUGCUGCCCCCUGGGAACAGAGGCCUGCACUGCCCACAGGCUGCACUCACCUCAUGUCACUGCAGGCGGCAAGCAGGCCAGCAAGGGAGUGAGUGGACUUCCUGUGAACUGAUGGCAGUCCAUGUUGAUUUGCAUGCUCUGAGGCUGCCACUCUUGUCCGCAUAGACAGGAUGUAAACAAAUCGGUUAGGGUAUUAGAGAACUGAAGCUGGUAAAAUGGAGCUUAAUUGCAAAGGGAACGUCUGAGGCUUUUGGCACUGCAGGUCACUGUGGUAAUGCGAUCUGGUAGAGUUUUCCUAUGUCUUUGUAGCAACAGGAAAUUCAUGAGACAGCUAGCUCCAGGAAGGCUGUUCCCUUCGGACUCAGAGUUGACGGGGAAGGGAUCCAUGGAGGUUGUCUUAUCAUAGGAUCCCAGCGGGGGGAAAGGGGGUUCCUGAUCCCUGGACUUCCCCAAGCUCCUCAUCUCAGACCCAUGCAGCAGGUGUACUCUAGCAAUACCCCUUAAGUAAGGACUCAUCAACAUUGGUUGAGUGUGUUCAGUAGCAUGGUCUUGUGCCCCAUCACAGCCACCUACCCCUAAGAGGAGGGUAGUACCUCCCAUGGGCAGAUGGGGAAGCUAGACACCGAGAAAGUGGCAUGUGUAAAAGGAAAAUGCUGCAGUAGUAGGCCACAGCCCUCGAGCUUCCAGUCCUUUCUUAAUGAGGCCUUUCCUAAGGCCUGGCUUUGUUCCUCUUUUUUAACUAACUGCAGUGAGCAACCUCAUGCUUCUGAGUGAUGCCCCAUUGCCUGUGUGCCAAACACUGUGUGAGCAUUGUUGUGGCUGUCUUGUUUCAUGUCAUCUUCACGACCACCCUACAAGAUCUGCAGGCCCUGGACAGACGAGGCUUCUGGCUUGCGGCGCUUCCAGCCUGCCCAGAACCACCCCCGCUAGUAGACUUCGCGUUGGGUUGGCUCAGCUCGGGGACGAGUACACGGCCAUCAGCCUCAGCUUCCUCCCGCAUGUAGGUUGCAAAGAAAGGUCUUUCCGGGGUGUCAUCCACUGCCUCCCCUGCACUGUGGAACUCAGCAGAAGGUCUGUGCAGAGAGGGAAUCCUGAACUGGGUGCAGGUAGAAGGGACAGAAUCUGUUUGACUUUAAAGAAAAAUCUGUGGGGAGUUUCUUUUGAGUCCUAGAGUCCCUUUAGAUUUCUUUUCAGCGAACCAACUAGCUUUAGUGAUGCUGCUAUAACAAACUCUAAUGAGGGUGAAGGAAAAAAGUAUUCUUUUCUUCUUUUAAAAGAAUAAGUUUUCUUGCUUAUAGUUAAUUCUAGAAAGGCAAUACUAAAGGUAUAUAUUUUUUUCAAAAUGCUAUUUUUUACUGCACUGGAUAACUAUCAUGACAGCUCUGAUCUCUGUAAUAGACCCACACUUCAGCUCUGGAUAGAACCAGAAGCAGGGUUCACCAAAUCUGUACAUACCAUGUGGGUCUGUGUCCAGGAACUUUUUCUUUCUGUGAAAAAAAAAAAAAAAACAAAAAAAUAAUAAAGUAAGAAAGGCUGGAUAGCUUAGAAAGAGGAACAAAAUUGAAUUUUCUUUCAAGAGAGAUUCCUUUGUCAAAGAAAUGGAAAACAACAGUUGUAUAACCAAGAAUGCCAGCCAGCUCUCAGGAGUUGAGCAAACAUCUCUGGCCCUGGUGGGGAGCAGUAGUAAUGCAGAUGCUUUCUUGCUUUGGUUGAAAGAUGGCAAAAAUUUAGAAAUGCUUUAGGACAAGACUUUUAAUUUUUUAAAGAACUAUGAUCGUGUGCUGUGAAGUUGUCUGGGGUGUGGGUUCUUGUUUCUCUUAAGCAUUUCUUUGUUGACUGGCUCCAGGCUUGUUUGCCUAAACUCUUAGGUAGUUUACACAAGUUCUAAGAUCCUUUAGAACUCUAACUCCAUUGGAAGCAAACCCAACGAGUCAGAAUUUGAGAUCCCAGUUGGUGUCAAUAGGUAUUAUGGAAUUCUGACAGAACACCUAGAGGUGUGCUUUAGAAGGUUUUAGAUGCAUUAUCUUACACAAACUGUGACCUAAUGGCAAUAAUUACCUCAAAUGUGGGCAUUCAUCCUGAUUUUAGCCUUUUUUGAAAUCAUGUAGCCAGCUUUCUUGGGAUUUAAAAUACUCUGAAUUCUCUAUGGGCUGAAAAUAAUGAUAAAUACACAUCCUGGUCACUGUUGCUUAAGUGAAUUCUGAAAACAGCUCAUCCUUACAACAGAAGUGAAGCCAAGGGAGAGAUUAUUCUCUCUGUGUUGGAAUCAAACAUGAUGCUUGAUGUGUGUGUGGAGUGUAUGUUUUUAGCUGCUGUAAAAUGCUCUUCGCCUUCUGGGGUAUUGAGUCUCAUUUUAAACAAGAAAAGUCCAUAAUUGACUGUGGAUACUUAAGCAUAUUUCUGGCUACAUUUUAUAGUUAAACUGUUUUAUAGUUUACAUCUAAACAGGUACUUUUAAAAGAAGAUUUCUGCUUAUAAUUGACAUCUUCAAACCACAGUGAUUGACUGCCUCUUGCUGGAGGCCUUGUCUCCCUAAGUCAAGGAGGUCUGUCCACUCCUUCUGUUCUUUAGCCCAAUGUAUGCACUUCCCUCCAUAUUGGUUUCCAGUUGAACUUGAGAGAAUGUGAAAGGAAGUCCAGAAGGGAUGGAGGAGCAGUGGAAAGGGUGAGUCCUGAGCCUGGGCCAGAUGCAGAGUCCCAUUGCCGUAUCACAUCAACACUUAACUUUCAAGGCCUUCUCUUUGACAGCUUGGAAGAGGCGGCAAGAACUGAUACCUGGUUCAUUGAUUUUUGUUGUGAUUUGGAUAUUUAAUGAAUUAAUUAAUCCACUCACUUCCACACACCAGGCAAUAAAAGACCCUGGAAUUCAGAUAGCUCUGAAGGUGUGGUUGCUCUUUCUGGGCCCCUGAUAAUACUCCCAUCAGUGUCUUCUAAAGGAGAACCAUAUGCCCUGUGCCCAUGUUCACUGAUGGGGUUUCCAUGAACCUUCUGCCUUUUAUUCCUCUUCGCCUUUAAGACAAACUCCCUGUAAAAAGACAUGUGUACUUUUUAAUUGUCCCUUUGUCAAGCUAAGAUUUGAAGCCAGGUUCAGUGGGCGUAGCCUUGGGUUCCACUAACAGAUAGACCUGGGUGUUGCUGAGCCCAAAGAGCUGAGGGUGGACAGCUCAGGACCAUCUAGUCGGUGGGGACCUAGUCCACAGAGAGGGGAUUUGGAAUGACAGAGACAGGAAUGGGGCCCCCUGUCAGACAGGAACAGACAGGAAUUGCCAGGUUCCCUGAGAGUUUUGUUUUCAUUUUUGUUUUCUCUUGUGCCACCACGGAAGUAUGGAGGGCCCUGAGUGACCUCAGGUGUGAUCCAUUCCUCCAGCAGAGGCCUGAGAAGCUGUAGCGCACCGGGCCCAGGAAACUUCCUCUCUUCAUGCCCUGUGUUUGCUUUGCUGUGAACCACCUUGACCUUGUGUCCUUACUAAUAUUUCUUGAUUAGAAAUGUUGUUUUAGAAUAUUCUUCAUCUCACCCUUCUUAAUUAUACUCCCAGGCUCGUGCGUGUGAGUGUGUGUGUGUGUUUUCCUUUGCACUAAUUAACCAAAUGAAUUUUGUGUCAUUGUCUUUGGGGCUUACCCAUAAAUUUUAAAACUAGAGAUAUAGAAAUGGGCUUAUUAUUAUUAUUAUCAAUUUGAAAAGUAAAUGAGCUGUAUCUGAAAAGGGGCUCUGCCAUUGCUCUCCCUAGUUUCCUUUCAACCAAUUUUCAAAUUGAUCUCUCUUGGCCCUCCCCACUUUCUUGUGUUGGCUCCCUGCCCCCAUGGCCACCUCAAACCCCCUGCUGGUACUGAAGCCCCAUGCUUGGGUACUCAGAACUCCCGGGAAGCUCAAGAGCAAGCAGGGUCCACAUAGCCUUGAGAGGGGCAGUCUUGCCUCUCCAUAGGCCUGCCGGGCUGAGGGGCAACAGAUUGGCUAUCGCUGUGCAAGUACUUUAGCUCAGGUUCUAUGGAAAGAGGUGGGAAGUGGGGAGACGCUUGACUGUGCCACUCUCUGGCUUUCUGUUCCCAUGUGCCCUUCAAAGCAGUGGUUCCUGUUUGCACCAACUCCAAGUCCACUGGCUUCCCACCCUUUUGUUCCUUGGUCCUGAGUUACUUACUGCCCAUAUAAAGCUUGCUUUCCUAUGUGGGUUAUCCAGGGCACAAUCAUUUCUAGUCCCCAAAGUGUCCCUUCACCCUCUUUGUGUGCAUUUUUUUAACCAAAUGAAGUAGACAAGAAAGGCAUACUUUGGGGUAACAGGAUUCUUAGCUUAGUUGAAUUACUGUAUAGAUAGAGAUGUUGAUAUAUAUGUUUGUGUAUAUAUAUAUCAAGCCAAAUUUCUGAUAGGAAAAGUAUAGCUUUAUGGAUGAGAAGGAAGAGGAGCCCUUAAGUGGUUGGAGCCAGUCUUGAUGUGUGCAAAGCAGGAAAUAUCCUGGUCCUCACACAGCCAAGGCUCCAGUGCCCAGCCCUUGCCACCCAACUCACCUCAGCAGAGCCAGGGGCCCUGAGAAUGCUGCUCUCACUGGGUCCUUAGCAUCAAAGGCACAGGAGGUGAGGGGCAACAGACCAGAAUGACUGGAAUUUUUCAUCCCAUUUUGCCCUGACCACAUGUAUUGAGCUGCAGCCUGAUAUUAUAUCACAUUUCCAAAAAUGGUAUCCAUUAGGAUGGAAGGAAAACAGAUCUGUAGAAAUGUUUACCUUUCAACUGCCCAUGAGUUCAGGACACUCUGGGUAGAAAAAACACUCCCCAGAAUGAGAACAGGGAAGAGGAGACCUGGCGACACUCAGUCCCCAGUCCGAGGAACGAGGCUCCCUCCCCAAGGUCAUCUCGCCUAGAUCUUUCUCUACUGGUCAUCUCAGCCCAGUCUCCAUAACCCUUUGAAAGCCCUGGUCCAUUGUGUUCCUUCACUGUACGGUUUCUGUAAUAAAAAAAAAAGUGUUAAUCCAUGUUAAUCUGUGUGAAAAAUUAUUGCGUGCAACAGUAUUUUCUUGUGUACCUCUUUUCCUCUGUGGAUUGUCCCUCUUUUCUUUUUAUUUAUAAAUGUCUACUUUUUUAAAAAAUAAAAGACAAACCAAUGUGUUGUAGACCUAUAUGUAACCUGUUCCUUAGUCUCAUAUUAGAGGUAUGUUAUAAGAAUGGAUAUUUUACUUGGCUUUAGAAUGUUUUUCAAGAAAACUAAUUCUUAACUGAUCAAGUCCUUGCUACUAAAAUGCUUGUGUUUUUCAUCAUCAUGUCGUGUGCUUCUAAAUUAAUAAUCAUUUUCGUUGUAGAAAAAUGGAGUGAAUUUAUAUUAGUCUUGGAAACUAAUAAUAGCAUUGUAAAUUUAUGAGAUGAUUUUAACAGAAAAAUUAUAGAAGAAUAUAGUUAUUUUAAUUGUAAUAUUACUAACUGUAGGGUGAGAAAGGGGGGUCCUGUUGUGGUGAACUCUGUUAUAGCUUGUUACUCACAUUUCUUUUUGAUCAUUUUUUCGGUCUCUGAGGUGAAACGAGUUAUUAAUUAAAAUUUGUAAACUCACAUAUGCAUAUUGUAUAUGUGUAGAACUGUAAUCACACUUUGUCUUGGAAUUACAUUAAACUGUUUGGAAUCACUGUA